AUGUGGCCCCGGGGAGGAUUGUAUCGUCGAACAGAAAAACGUCCCCUCUGCCACCUAAAGCAGGAUGCCUGCGAGACAAAACUCAACAUAACACUGAAAUAUUAUGGGAAAUGCGAUCCAUGCGACGGCCACGUUUGUGCGGUGGGGACGACGUGUAAAAUUGGACAGCAUCGGAGACCCGAAUGCAGAUGUUCGCAGCAAUGUCCCCUGCAUCGUUCUCCGGUGUGUGGUAGUGAUGGACAGACAUAUGAGAAUGAUUGUGUGAUGAAAGUGGCUGCUUGUAGAGAAGAUCGACAGAUUACUGUAUGGAAAGAGGGCAACUGUAAAGACGUGGGAAAUCCGUGUUCUUCAUUAAUGUGUCCACCGGGUACCCGAUGCCAAAUAUCCCCUCAAAGCACGGCAAAAUGUGAAUGUGAUGGGGAGUGUCCGCAGAUUGUCAAGCCUGUCUGUGCUACGGACGGCAAAACCUACAGCAAUGAGUGCGAGAUGCGAAAAGCGGGGUGUGAAGCGACGAAGAGGCUGGCUGUCCGGCAUACCGGAAGUUGUGGUGUUGGCGUGUGUUCCACAUUUACUGGUUGUCGUGCCCCUCAAGUCUGCGUGCCAAAAGGCGACAAACCGCGCUGUGUCUGCCCGGAAUGUGGCGACGAGCUCAAGGAGGUAUGCGGAAGUGACGCUCAAACGUACGCGAAUGAGUGCCGAUUGAGACAGACUUCAUGCAAAACAGGGCAAUCUCUGUUUGUGAAAUAUAACGGAAUCUGUGAGGGUUGCGAGAAACUGCGCGACAAAUGUGAAUUCUAUUCGAUUUGUGUGUCUGAUGGAAAGGGUACAGGGACAUGUCAAUGUCCUAUUGAAUGUCCGGUCGGCAAUCAUCAACAACAACAACAAGGGAACAGCAAUGGAAAGGAAGGCCCAGUAUGCGGUACAGAUGGCGUCACCUAUUCCUCGGAAUGUCAUUUGAGAAGAAGUGCCUGCCAGCGGAGAAAAUUUGUCGUGGUGGCCUUUGCUGGGAAAUGCGACGCUUGCCAAAACGUGGAAUGUGGCUAUGGGCAGGAAUGCAGAGGUGGUGUAUGCACUUGUAAUUAUCACUGCCCGGUAUCUGCUCCCGACAGCUCCAGAGUUUGUGAAAUCCUAAACUCCCCUCCCCUCGACCGUUCACAUCGCCAGAAGACCCUAUUGGCCCAAAAUCCGCAGAAUCGGACAAUCGGAUCGACGUGUAGCUAUCAGAGUGAAUGUGCUCAUCUCUCGGCUAUAUGCCAUUUGCAAAGAGGAAAAGCCGGACGGUGUCAAUGUGCUGGAAAUAGCCGAUGGGAUGGGAAGAGCUGUGGGGAGGAGGCGAUUGCCCUUCCAUCACUAAAUCUCCGCUUUGACGGCCGCCAAACGGCAAAUGUGGCAAACAUCGAUCGAUAUUCCGGUGUAUUGAAUGUAACACUACAGUUUUCCGCCGCUGCUUCGAACGGUGCGCUAAUUGAUGUGUUGAUGGUUGUUGGGAAGCGAAUGCAGUUGAGAGUUGAUCAGAGGAGGCUGUUGUUACAG